GUACCAAUAAAAAUUUUAAAAUUUUAAAAUGUUUAUAAAACAAUGCAGAGAUUUUUUGUGUGUUCUGCUUUUGUUGGAUUUUAGGGGAUAGGAGGUGGCAGUACAGGCCAGCAGGGAAGGAGUAACAUAGGUUAUUCCUUAUUUAGCUGAACACUGAAGUGAGGAUUUUCUGAGGCUUUACACCAUAAUCUCCCUUAAUGCUCACACAAUUCUGUAAGUGCUUUUGUUCCCAUCCUGCCAACCAGGGAAGAUAUUGUGCCUGGUAUCAGACAUCUGAGUCCUGCACCUGGACUUCUGUUGAGCCAUACCUGACUACAAGCCCAGCGCUCUAAGCUGUCCUAAUGCUCCCCUCCACGGCUCUCAGUAGGCAGAGCCACCAAUUCAACAGGAAGCCAUAAACUAGGACGUGCUUGUCUAUUUAGAUAAGUUCCAGAUUUUUACUAACUUAUUCACUUGAAAAUGUGUGUGAAAAUUACACUUCAUAGAUUGGGGGAGAAUUUAAUAGCUUCCUGAAAAGUAAUGUUAAGGAUUUUAAGAUUUACAUGACAGUAUCAAAAUAAUACAACUUGUUUAAAAAGACUACCUGGGAAAUACAUUUUCUCCAACAGUCUUCUACCUACUACUCUUUCAGUGAGUUUAAUAAUUGAACAUCUAGACAUUGAUUUCACUCCAUACUCUAAAUUAAGCCUUAUCAGCUUCCUCCCUCCCUCUUUCCCCACAUUGUGGGUCCUAGGAAAGCUGUCCUUUCAUUGGUUGAACAUGCUGUCAGUCACACAGCACAAAAAGUCCUGUCUUUGCUGUUUGCUUUAUGAAUUAACAGAUGUGCUUGGUUGGAAGAAACUGAUUUGUUUCUUGAUGGGAAGAAAAAUCUUGUUUAUUGGUUCAUUUCUUUUUUUAUGCAUUGGGUUUUCACUAACUCUGGAGCUGAUAUUUGUCAGGAAGAAUGUAAGCUCUAGAACAUCCUCAAACAGAGAAGCGGUUGUAAAGAAUGAUCAACAGGCUAAUGGAGAGAUGAAGCCAGUCCAGAAUUUCACUCCAGAACCAAUCACACAGGCUCUGAACUACAAUCAGAGCAAAGGAGAACAUGACAGUACAUUCAGCCCUCACAACCCCAUGCGCGUCGCCUUCGGUGGCACUCCCUGCAUUCUCUUCUGGGCCAGAAGAAUCACGGUGACAUUUCAGAACCAGACCUGGCUGGACCUUACAGAUGCAGCGUUUGGUCGGAAGGCAGUGGUGGACACGCACAGCUCCAACUGCAGUGAAGAAAGUGCCACGUUGUCUCUGAAGUUUGGUGAUACUGAAAAUCCCACAGCACUGGCUAUAAGGUUUGUCCUGAGCAACGGCGAGCUGCCUGGCCGAAGCUGGUUCAGUCUGCGCCAAGUGGAGAUCGUCCUCAACGGGUCCACCCGAGCGUCCUUCCUCGCCCCGGUGCGCUGCUGCGGCCCGGCCACGCGGGGGAUGGUGCCUGCCCGAUCUUCUGGGGCCUUUCCUCUCCCGCUGCUGCGGCCCGGCCACGCGGGGGAUGGUGCCUGCCCGUGGGCGGUCACCCUGCUGGACCUCCAGAUCCAGGGCUUUGCUGUCCAGGGCGGGCAGUUCGCUGAGGCCAGGGACUGCGCCCCCUCCUUGUCGCCGGCCGUGCUCCUCGGCCUGGCCGUGUCUCUCAUCCUGCUGCUGGUGCUGGCCUACGCCCUGCACAUGCUCCUGUACCUGCGUUUGCUGGACCGGCACUACGAGUUCAUCGCCACCUCCCCUACUCAUUUCCCUCAGCUGCGGGCUCACAGAGCCACGGAAGAGAAGGAGCUGCUCCGGAGCCAGGGCCAGGAGAGCUACGAGCUGCAGAGCCAGCAGAUCUGCAAGAUCUACGCCUGAGGGCUGCGUCGCUUUGCUGUUGGAUUUGUGAAUGGCCUGAUUGAAACAAGCACAAAUUAGAAAAGGAAAUGUGGAAGGACCUAGCUUUGAAGCACCCCCUGGCUUAGAUGGACAGGGCCAACGAGAAGGCAGGCACUUCCGGGGCCCUGCCUUGAAAGUGAAGGGAUGAUAUUUCUGGUUAGAGAGAUGUAGGGGAGGAGAGAGAGCAAGAGAGAGCGAGAGAGAGGUGAAAUAUGGACAAGGGAAAACAUAAGGGGUCCACCUUGCCUGACUGAGUGUGGCUGUGAUAAGUACAGAAAUAAUAAACCUAAGGUUAUCUGCAGUUCAGAAUCUGCUUUGUAACAUACUUGGAAUUUUAUCAGAAAUUGUGUCCCAAUUUUUCUUAGAAAGUAGUCUUUUCUCCCUGUUGUGGAGCCAUGAGGGCCAGACGGUUCCUUUCAGCUUGGGGAAGGUCUUCUUGUUCCCACGAGCCUCAGAGCAGCACCGUCCCUCUGUGUAGCAGGAGUAAGGGCCUUGGCCACAUGUGCUGUCUCCCACCCCACAGUGCAGGGUGCUUCCCUCUCGUCUGGUGUCCAGGAAGCGCUCCUGACUGCACUUGACAUAGCUGUGAGCUAGGCAGGAACAGUGACCUCCUCCACCAACAUAGCUCUGAGAUGAGGGAUCUAAUCCCUUUCCUCAGGAGGCAGAGUCCCCAUACGGAUUCACCCAGAAUCCUUUGCAAUUCAUGGGAGAUACUGGAGAUGAAUUCUCUCUCCUUCUCACUGAAGCCUGUCUAAUCAGCCUCUGUGUUAAAGAACUCAUAAAUGUAAGCAAACGUUGCAUUUUCCUAUUUCGGCUCUGUCCAUGACUCUGGCUCUACUGUACAGAGAGCCUAGGGUGCGGGUGGGAACAGGUCAGGGGGUGGCCCACAGAGAAAUGGACUCCUCUGUGUGCUGUGGGGAUGGGUGACUGUCUUGUUCCCUCUUCAGUGGGAGGUGGGUGAGAGGGACCCACCAUAUUUAUGGUAGAGCAGACUUCUUUUGGACACUUUUGCUGCAUCACUAUUGGCCAUGAAUGUAGCUUUGGUUCCAGCUCUCAGAAUUCUGUAAGAUCAUAAUAUUUUAUAGUAGUUUUCUGUAUGUUUUCAUACCUUGGUAUUCUGUAGACAAAGAAUCCUGAUUUAUGUAGAUGUUAGUGCCAAGACAGUUGCAGGCAACAGAAACAAGGGAUGACAAUCUAGGAUUGAUGGUCUGAUCCUUUUUGCCUUCAGACCAGUGGGAGAUCGGUUGGCUUUAGAGAGGGGUCUGCCAACCUGCCACACCAUUCAGCCGUGAGAAUGCGAUUUUCACUGCUUUUGCUUUGGGUGUCCAAAUGCGAGUUGGAAGUAAGUAGGCGGUGUCGAUGUAUGUUUGGUAGACCAGGCACACGAAAGGUCAGUGUGAUCUAAUUU